AUGGUUGUGGCGGUAUGCGUUUCUCGGGUCCUGUCUGUGGCGUCGCCGUCGUCCUCGCUCAGUGAAUUGCCAGGCUACGCUGACUUCGAUGUACAGCCUGAGCUGGCCACAGCAUCCAGGCAUGGGUCGUUUGUUUUCGGGCGCGCCUCAAAACCAGUUAAUAGGCACGCAUUCGUUAAGAUACCUUUGGGCGAUGGAAAAACAAUGCAAGUGCCGAAGGGCAUCUUCCAUUAUGCGGAGCGAUCUCAGCAUUUCGACACGGAUGCGGCGGUGCCCCAGCUCGAGCAUCCCUUCAAAGCAUCAGGCGCCUACAAAAGUCAAAUCAGCAACGUAAACGGCAUUUACCUGCCGAUGCCAUUCGGAAUGGAUCCGAUAAAUCUGCAGCUGCUCACUGAGCAUCGAACAGGUCGCUCGGUCUAUCAUUUUGGGAUGUUUGCUUCCAGUUUUGUGUGUCCAGAAAGCGGCAGCGUGUGGGCAGGAUAG